UGAAACCACUGCUCUGAUCCUGCUAGUGCCAGUGUGUAUCCACCUCGUCUAGGGUUUGCCAGAAAAAACAUUUCUGUUUCUGUUCCUGAUAAACCUGAAUCAUCUAUCAAAAACAUAAACUGAGGUCAACAAAAGAUCGGCAAAAUGUCCCUUCAAAUAAAGAGCAAAAGAAAAAUGGCUUUGACUAAUUUUAAAGGAAUCAAAAAGCAAGUAUCAGCUCAGAACCUGUUUGAAUCUCAAAUCAUUGACAAGACAUUAUUUGAAGACCUUAGCACUGGUAAAGUCACGGCAGAUCAAGUGAGCAACAUGGACUCAGUACGCAAGUACCUGCAGGGAACCGACUGCAUUGCAGGAGUGUUUGUGCAGUCCGCCAAACAGACUAUGAGCAUCUAUGAAGCCAAAUCCAAAGGCCUGUUAACACCUGGAACGUCACUGGUUUUAUUAGAGGCUCAGGCUGCUACUGGCUUCAUAAUUGAUCCACUGAGGAACGCAAAACUCUCUGUGGAGGAGGCUGUGGAUCAAGGAGUCGUGGGGCUCGAGCUGAAAAACAAGCUACUUUCUGCGGAGAAGGCUGUCACUGGCUACACUGACCCUCACGGAGACACCAUUUCAUUGUUCCAGGCCUUGAAAAAAGAUCUCAUCGUCAAAGAUCAUGGCAUUCGUCUUUUGGAAGCACAGAUUGCUACUGGAGGCAUCAUUGAUCCAGUGCACAGCCAUCGUGUGCCUGUGGAGGUGGCUUAUAAGAGGGGAUAUUUUGAUGAAGAAAUGAACCAGAUUCUUUCUGACCCGGGUGAUGACACCAAGGGCUUCUUUGACCCAAACACACAGGAGAACCUCACCUACUUGCAACUGCUCGACAGGUGUGUGAAAGACCCACAAACUGGCCUAAGGCUGCUCGUUGUCGUGAAGAAGGGAGAGUUUUACUUCUACAUUGAUGAACAAACAAAGAGAAUCCUCCAAUCCACUACCACAAAUAAAGCAGGGGGAAAAUUCCAAGGAAAGGAGGUUUCCUUGUGGGAUCUCAUAAACUCUGACUACAUCGAAGAGGAGAAGAAACGAGAUCUGGUUCAGCAAUUAAAGACUGGCACUAUAACAAUCGAGUGCUUCUUGGAGCAUGUACUAACAACUGUACACAAGAAAACCUCCAGUGUGACUGUAACUACUACCACAACUACGACAAAACAACCCACCUUCCGGGGAAUCAAAAAGCAAGUUUCAGCUCGGAACUUGUUUGAAUCUCAAAUCAUUGACAAGACAUUAUUUGAAGACCUUAGCACUGGUAAAGUCACGGCAGAUCAAGUGAGCAACAUGGACUCAGUACGCAAGUACCUGCAGGGAACCGACUGCAUUGCAGGAGUGUUUGUGCAGUCCGCCAAACAGACUAUGAGCAUCUAUGAAGCCAAAUCCAAAGGCCUGUUAACACCUGGAACGUCACUGGUUUUAUUAGAGGCUCAGGCUGCUACUGGCUUCAUAAUUGAUCCACUGAGGAACGCAAAACUCUCUGUGGAGGAGGCUGUGGAUCAAGGAGUCGUGGGGCUCGAGCUGAAAAACAAGCUACUUUCUGCGGAGAAGGCUGUCACUGGCUACACUGACCCUCACACGGGAGACACCAUUUCAUUGUUCCAGGCCUUGAAAAAAGAUCUCAUCGUCAAAGAUCAUGGCAUUCGUCUUUUGGAAGCACAGAUUGCUACUGGAGGCAUCAUUGAUCCAGUGCACAGCCAUCGUGUGCCUGUGGAGGUGGCUUAUAAGAGGGGAUAUUUUGAUGAAGAAAUGAACCAGAUUCUUUCUGACCCGGGUGAUGACACCAAGGGCUUCUUUGACCCAAACACACAGGAGAACCUCACCUACUUGCAACUGCUCGACAGGUGUGUGAAAGACCCACAAACUGGCCUAAGGCUGCUCGUUGUCGUGAAGAAGGGAGAGUUUUACUUCUACAUUGAUGAACAAACAAAGAGAAUCCUCCAAUCCACUACCACAAAUAAAGCAGGGGGAAAAUUCCAAGGAAAGGAGGUUUCCUUGUGGGAUCUCAUAAACUCUGACUACAAAGAGGAGAAGAAACGAGAUCUGGUUCAGCAAUUAAAGACUGGCACUAUAACAAUCGAGUGCUUCUUGGAGCAUGUACUAACAACUGUACACAAGAAAACCUCCAGUGUGACUGUAACUACUACCACAACUACGACAAAACAACCCACCUUCCGGGGAAUCAAAAGCAAGUUUCAGCUGAACUUGUUUGAAUCUCAAAUCAUUGACAAGACAUUAUUUGAAGACCUUAGCACUGGUAAAGUCACGGCAGAUCAAGUGAGCAACAUGGACUCAGUACGCAAGUACCUGCAGGGAACCGACUGCAUUGCAGGAGUGUUUGUGCAGUCCGCCAAACAGACUAUGAGCAUCUAUGAAGCCAAAUCCAAAGGCCUGUUAACACCUGGAACGUCACUGGUUUUAUUAGAGGCUCAGGCUGCUACUGGCUUCAUAAUUGAUCCACUGAGGAACGCAAAACUCUCUGUGGAGGAGGCUGUGGAUCAAGGAGUCGUGGGGCUCGAGCUGAAAAACAAGCUACUUUCUGCGGAGAAGGCUGUCACUGGCUACACUGACCCUCACACGGGAGACACCAUUUCAUUGUUCCAGGCCUUGAAAAAAGAUCUCAUCGUCAAAGAUCAUGGCAUUCGUCUUUUGGAAGCACAGAUUGCUACUGGAGGCAUCAUUGAUCCAGUGCACAGCCAUCGUGUGCCUGUGGAGGUGGCUUAUAAGAGGGGAUAUUUUGAUGAAGAAAUGAACCAGAUUCUUUCUGACCCGGGUGAUGACACCAAGGGCUUCUUUGACCCAAACACACAGGAGAACCUCACCUACUUGCAACUGCUCGACAGGUGUGUGAAAGACCCACAAACUGGCCUAAGGCUGCUCGUUGUCGUGAAGAAGGGAGAGUUUUACUUCUACAUUGAUGAACAAACAAAGAGAAUCCUCCAAUCCACUACCACAAAUAAAGCAGGGGGAAAAUUCCAAGGAAAGGAGGUUUCCUUGUGGGAUCUCAUAAACUCUGACUACAUCGAAGAGGAGAAGAAACGAGAUCUGGUUCAGCAAUUAAAGACUGGCACUAUAACAAUCGAGUGCUUCUUGGAGCAUGUACUAACAACUGUACACAAGAAAACCUCCAGUGUGACUGUAACUACUACCACAACUACGACAAACCAACCCACCUUCCGGGGAAUCAAAAAGCAAGUUUCAGCUCGGAACUUGUUUGAAUCUCAAAUCAUUGACAAGACAUUAUUUGAAGACCUUAGCACUGGUAAAGUCACGGCAGAUCAAGUGAGCAACAUGGACUCAAUCAAGUACCUGCAGGGAACCGACUGCAUUGCAGGAGUGUUUGUGCAGUCCGCCAAACAGACUAUGAGCAUCUAUGAAGCCAAAUCCAAAGGCCUGUUAACACCUGGAACGUCACUGGUUUUAUUAGAGGCUCAGGCUGCUACUGGCUUCAUAAUUGAUCCACUGAGGAACGCAAAACUCUCUGUGGAGGAGGCUGUGGAUCAAGGAGUCGUGGGGCUCGAGCUGAAAAACAAGCUACUUUCUGCGGAGAAGGCUGUCACUGGCUACACUGACCCUCACACGGGAGACACCAUUUCAUUGUUCCAGGCCUUGAAAAAAGAUCUCAUCGUCAAAGAUCAUGGCAUUCGUCUUUUGGAAGCACAGAUUGCUACUGGAGGCAUCAUUGAUCCAGUGCACAGCCAUCGUGUGCCUGUGGAGGUGGCUUAUAAGAGGGGAUAUUUUGAUGAAGAAAUGAACCAGAUUCUUUCUGACCCGGGUGAUGACACCAAGGGCUUCUUUGACCCAAACACACAGGAGAACCUCACCUACUUGCAACUGCUCGACAGGUGUGUGAAAGACCCACAAACUGGCCUAAGGCUGCUCGUUGUCGUGAAGAAGGGAGAGUUUUACUUCUACAUUGAUGAACAAACAAAGAGAAUCCUCCAAUCCACUACCACAAAUAAAGCAGGGGGAAAAUUCCAAGGAAAGGAGGUUUCCUUGUGGGAUCUCAUAAACUCUGACUACAUCGAAGAGGAGAAGAAACGAGAUCUGGUUCAGCAAUUAAAGACUGGCACUAUAACAAUCGAGUGCUUCUUGGAGCAUGUACUAACAACUGUACACAAGAAAACCUCCAGUGUGACUGUAACUACUACCACAACUACGACAAAACAACCCACCUUCCGGGGAAUCAAAAAGCAAGUUUCAGCUCGGAACUUGUUUGAAUCUCAAAUCAUUGACAAGACAUUAUUUGAAGACCUUAGCACUGGUAAAGUCACGGCAGAUCAAGUGAGCAACAUGGACUCAGUACGCAAGUACCUGCAGGGAACCGACUGCAUUGCAGGAGUGUUUGUGCAGUCCGCCAAACAGACUAUGAGCAUCUAUGAAGCCAAAUCCAAAGGCCUGUUAACACCUGGAACGUCACUGGUUUUAUUAGAGGCUCAGGCUGCUACUGGCUUCAUAAUUGAUCCACUGAGGAACGCAAAACUCUCUGUGGAGGAGGCUGUGGAUCAAGGAGUCGUGGGGCUCGAGCUGAAAAACAAGCUACUUUCGGAGAAGGCUGUCACUGGCUACACUGACCCUCACACGGGAGACACCAUUUCAUUGUUCCAGGCCUUGAAAAAAGAUCUCAUCGUCAAAGAUCAUGGCAUUCGUCUUUUGGAAGCACAGAUUGCUACUGGAGGCAUCAUUGAUCCAGUGCACAGCCAUCGUGUGCCUGUGGAGGUGGCUUAAAGAGGAUAUUUUGAUGAAGAAAUGAACCAGAUUCUUUCUGACCCGGGUGAUGACACCAAGGGCUUCUUUGACCCAAACACACAGGAGAACCUCACCUACUUGCAACUGCUCGACAGGUGUGUGAAAGACCCACAAACUGGCCUAAGGCUGCUCGUUGUCGUGAAAGGAGAGUUUUACUUCUACAUUGAUGAACAAACAAAGAGAAUCCUCCAAUCCACUACCACAAAUAAAGCAGGGGGAAAAUUCCAAGGAAAGGAGGUUUCCUUGUGGGAUCUCAUAAACUCUGACUACAAAGAGGAGAAGAAACGAGAUCUGGUUCAGCAAUUAAAGACUGGCACUAUAACAAUCGAGUGCUUCUUGGAGCAUGUACUAACAACUGUACACAAGAAAACCUCCAGUGUGACUGUAACUACUACCACAACUACGACAAACCAACCCACCUUCCGGGAAUCAAAAGCAAGUUUCAGCUCGAACUUGUUUGAAUCUCAAAUCAUUGACAAGACAUUAUUUGAAGACCUUAGCACUGGUAAAGUCACGGCAGAUCAAGUGAGCAACAUGGACUCAGUACGCAAGUACCUGCAGGGAACCGACUGCAUUGCAGGAGUGUUUGUGCAGUCCGCCAAACAGACUAUGAGCAUCUAUGAAGCCAAAUCCAAAGGCCUGUUAACACCUGGAACGUCACUGGUUUUAUUAGAGGCUCAGGCUGCUACUGGCUUCAUAAUUGAUCCACUGAGGAACGCAAAACUCUCUGUGGAGGAGGCUGUGGAUCAAGGAGUCGUGGGGCUCGAGCUGAAAAACAAGCUACUUUUGGAGAAGGCUGUCACUGGCUACACUGACCCUCACACGGGAGACACCAUUUCAUUGUUCCAGGCCUUGAAAAAAGAUCUCAUCGUCAAAGAUCAUGGCAUUCGUCUUUUGGAAGCACAGAUUGCUACUGGAGGCAUCAUUGAUCCAGUGCACAGCCAUCGUGCCUGUGGAGGUGGCUUAUAAGAGGGAUAUUUUGAUGAAGAAAUGAACCAGAUUCUUUCUGACCCGGGUGAUGACACCAAGGGCUUCUUUGACCCAAACACACAGGAGAACCUCACCUACUUGCAACUGCUCGACAGGUGUGUGAAAGACCCACAAACUGGCCUAAGGCUGCUCGUUGUCGUGAAGAAGGGAGAGUUUUACUUCUACAUUGAUGAACAAACAAAGAGAAUCCUCCAAUCCACUACCACAAAUAAAGCAGGGGGAAAAUUCCAAGGAAAGGAGGUUUCCUUGUGGGAUCUCAUAAACUCUGACUACAAAGAGGAGAAGAAACGAGAUCUGGUUCAGCAAUUAAAGACUGGCACUAUAACAAUCGAGUGCUUCUUGGAGCAUGUACUAACAACUGUACACAAGAAAACCUCCAGUGUGACUGUAACUACUACCACAACUACGACAAAACAACCCACCUUCCGGGGAAUCAAAAAGCAAGUUUCAGCUCGGAACUUGUUUGAAUCUCAAAUCAUUGACAAGACAUUAUUUGAAGACCUUAGCACUGGUAAAGUCACGGCAGAUCAAGUGAGCAACAUGGACUCAGUACGCAAGUACCCAGGAACCGACUGCAUUGCAGGAGUGUUUGUGCAGUCCGCCAAACAGACUAUGAGCAUCUAUGAAGCCAAAUCCAAAGGCCUGUUAACACCUGGAACGUCACUGGUUUUAUUAGAGGCUCAGGCUGCUACUGGCUUCAUAAUUGAUCCACUGAGGAACGCAAAACUCUCUGUGGAGGAGGCUGUGGAUCAAGGAGUCGUGGGGCUCGAGCUGAAAAACAAGCUACUUUCUGCGGAGAAGGCUGUCACUGGCUACACUGACCCUCACGGAGACACCAUUUCAUUGUUCCAGGCCUAAAAAGAUCUCAUCGUCAAAGAUCAUGGCAUUCGUCUUUUGGAAGCACAGAUUGCUAGAGGCAUCAUUGAUCCAGUGCACAGCCAUCGUGUGCCUGUGGAGGUGGCUUAUAAGAGGGGAUAUUUUGAUGAAGAAAUGAACCAGAUUCUUUCUGACCCGGGUGAUGACACCAAGGGCUUCUUUGACCCAAACACACAGGAGAACCUCACCUACUUGCAACUGCUCGACAGGUGUGUGAAAGACCCACAAACUGGCCUAAGGCUGCUCGUUGUCGUGAAAGGAGAGUUUUACUUCUACAUUGAUGAACAAACAAAGAGAAUCCUCCAAUCCACUACCACAAAUAAAGCAGGGGGAAAAUUCCAAGGAAAGGAGGUUUCCUUGUGGGAUCUCAUAAACUCUGACUACAUCGAAGAGGAGAAGAAACGAGAUCUGGUUCAGCAAUUAAAGACUGGCACUAUAACAAUCGAAAGUUUCUUGGAGCAUGUACUAACAACUGUACACAAGAAAACCUCCAGUGUGACUGUAACUACUACCACAACUACGACAAACCAACCCACCUUCCGGGAAUCAAAAGCAAGUUUCAGCUCGAACUUGUUUGAAUCUCAAAUCAUUGACAAGACAUUAUUUGAAGACCUUAGCACUGGUAAAGUCACGGCAGAUCAAGUGAGCAACAUGGACUCAGUACGCAAGUACCUGCAGGGAACCGACUGCAUUGCAGGAGUGUUUGUGCAGUCCGCCAAACAGACUAUGAGCAUCUAUGAAGCCAAAUCCAAAGGCCUGUUAACACCUGGAACGUCACUGGUUUUAUUAGAGGCUCAGGCUGCUACUGGCUUCAUAAUUGAUCCACUGAGGAACGCAAAACUCUCUGUGGAGGAGGCUGUGGAUCAAGGAGUCGUGGGGCUCGAGCUGAAAAACAAGCUACUUUCUGCGGAGAAGGCUGUCACUGGCUACACUGACCCUCACACGGGAGACACCAUUUCAUUGUUCCAGGCCUUGAAAAAAGAUCUCAUCGUCAAAGAUCAUGGCAUUCGUCUUUUGGAAGCACAGAUUGCUACUGGAGGCAUCAUUGAUCCAGUGCACAGCCAUCGUGUGCCUGUGGAGGUGGCUUAUAAGAGGGGAUAUUUUGAUGAAGAAAUGAACCAGAUUCUUUCUGACCCGGGUGAUGACACCAAGGGCUUCUUUGACCCAAACACACAGGAGAACCUCACCUACUUGCAACUGCUCGACAGGUGUGUGAAAGACCCACAAACUGGCCUAAGGCUGCUCGUUGUCGUGAAAGGAGAGUUUUACUUCUACAUUGAUGAACAAACAAAGAGAAUCCUCCAAUCCACUACCACAAAUAAAGCAGGGGGAAAAUUCCAAGGAAAGGAGGUUUCCUUGUGGGAUCUCAUAAACUCUGACUACAAAGAGGAGAAGAAACGAGAUCUGGUUCAGCAAUUAAAGACUGGCACUAUAACAAUCGAGUGCUUCUUGGAGCAUGUACUAACAACUGUACACAAGAAAACCUCCAGUGUGACUGUAACUACUACCACAACUACGACAAAACAACCCACCUUCCGGGAAUCAAAAGCAAGUUUCAGCUCGAACUUGUUUGAAUCUCAAAUCAUUGACAAGACAUUAUUUGAAGACCUUAGCACUGGUAAAGUCACGGCAGAUCAAGUGAGCAACAUGGACUCAGUACGCAAGUACCUGCAGGGAACCGACUGCAUUGCAGGAGUGUUUGUGCAGUCCGCCAAACAGACUAUGAGCAUCUAUGAAGCCAAAUCCAAAGGCCUGUUAACACCUGGAACGUCACUGGUUUUAUUAGAGGCUCAGGCUGCUACUGGCUUCAUAAUUGAUCCACUGAGGAACGCAAAACUCUCUGUGGAGGAGGCCGUGGAUCAAGGAGUCGUGGGGCUCGAGCUGAAAAACAAGCUACUUUCUGCGGAGAAGGCUGUCACUGGCUACACUGACCCUCACACGGGAGACACCAUUUCAUUGUUCCAGGCCUUGAAAAAAGAUCUCAUCGUCAAAGAUCAUGGCAUUCGUCUUUUGGAAGCACAGAUUGCUACUGGAGGCAUCAUUGAUCCAGUGCACAGCCAUCGUGUGCCUGUGGAGGUGGCUUAUAAGAGGGGAUAUUUUGAUGAAGAAAUGAACCAGAUUCUUUCUGACCCGGGUGAUGACACCAAGGGCUUCUUUGACCCAAACACACAGGAGAACCUCACCUACUUGCAACUGCUCGACAGGUGUGUGAAAGACCCACAAACUGGCCUAAGGCUGCUCGUUGUCGUGAAAGGAGAGUUUUACUUCUACAUUGAUGAACAAACAAAGAGAAUCCUCCAAUCCACUACCACAAAUAAAGCAGGGGGAAAAUUCCAAGGAAAGGAGGUUUCCUUGUGGGAUCUCAUAAACUCUGACUACAAAGAGGAGAAGAAACGAGAUCUGGUUCAGCAAUUAAAGACUGGCACUAUAACAAUCGAAAGUUUCUUGGAGCAUGUACUAACAACUGUACACAAGAAAACCUCCAGUGUGACUGUAACUACUACCACAACUACGACAAAACAACCCACCUUCCGGGGAAUCAAAAGCAAGUUCAGCUCGAACUUGUUUGAAUCUCAAAUCAUUGACAAGACAUUAUUUGAAGACCUUAGCACUGGUAAAGUCACGGCAGAUCAAGUGAGCAACAUGGACUCAGUACGCAAGUACCUGCAGGGAACCGACUGCAUUGCAGGAGUGUUUGUGCAGUCCGCCAAACAGACUAUGAGCAUCUAUGAAGCCAAAUCCAAAGGCCUGUUAACACCUGGAACGUCACUGGUUUUAUUAGAGGCUCAGGCUGCUACUGGCUUCAUAAUUGAUCCACUGAGGAACGCAAAACUCUCUGUGGAGGAGGCCGUGGAUCAAGGAGUCGUGGGGCUCGAGCUGAAAAACAAGCUACUUUCUGCGGAGAAGGCUGUCACUGGCUACACUGACCCUCACACGGGAGACACCAUUUCAUUGUUCCAGGCCUUGAAAAAAGAUCUCAUCGUCAAAGAUCAUGGCAUUCGUCUUUUGGAAGCACAGAUUGCUACUGGAGGCAUCAUUGAUCCAGUGCACAGCCAUCGUGUGCCUGUGGAGGUGGCUUAUAAGAGGGGAUAUUUUGAUGAAGAAAUGAACCAGAUUCUUUCUGACCCGGGUGAUGACACCAAGGGCUUCUUUGACCCAAACACACAGGAGAACCUCACCUACUUGCAACUGCUCGACAGGUGUGUGAAAGACCCACAAACUGGCCUAAGGCUGCUCGUUGUCGUGAAAGGAGAGUUUUACUUCUACAUUGAUGAACAAACAAAGAGAAUCCUCCAAUCCACUACCACAAAUAAAGCAGGGGGAAAAUUCCAAGGAAAGGAGGUUUCCUUGUGGGAUCUCAUAAACUCUGACUACAUCGAAGAGGAGAAGAAACGAGAUCUGGUUCAGCAAUUAAAGACUGGCACUAUAACAAUCGAGUGCUUCUUGGAGCAUGUACUAACAACUGUACACAAGAAAACCUCCAGUGUGACUGUAACUACUACCACAACUACGACAAAACUACCCACCUUCCGGGGAAUCAAAAAGCAAGUUUCAGCGAACUUGUUUGAAUCUCAAAUCAUUGACAAGACAUUAUUUGAAGACCUUAGCACUGGUAAAGUCACGGCAGAUCAAGUGAGCAACAUGGACUCAGUACGCAAGUACCUGCAGGGAACCGACUGCAUUGCAGGAGUGUUUGUGCAGUCCGCCAAACAGACUAUGAGCAUCUAUGAAGCCAAAUCCAAAGGCCUGUUAACACCUGGAACGUCACUGGUUUUAUUAGAGGCUCAGGCUGCUACUGGCUUCAUAAUUGAUCCACUGAGGAACGCAAAACUCUCUGUGGAGGAGGCUGUGGAUCAAGGAGUGGGGCUCGAGCUGAAAAACAAGCUACUUUCGGAGAAGGCUGUCACUGGCUACACUGACCCUCACGGAGACACCAUUUCAUUGUUCCAGGCCUUGAAAAAAGAUCUCAUCGUCAAAGAUCAUGGCAUUCGUCUUUUGGAAGCACAGAUUGCUACUGGAGGCAUCAUUGAUCCAGUGCACAGCCAUCGUGUGCCUGUGGAGGUGGCUUAUAAGAGGGGAUAUUUUGAUGAAGAAAUGAACCAGAUUCUUUCUGACCCGGGUGAUGACACCAAGGGCUUCUUUGACCCAAACACACAGGAGAACCUCACCUACUUGCAACUGCUCGACAGGUGUGUGAAAGACCCACAAACUGGCCUAAGGCUGCUCGUUGUCGUGAAAGGAGAGUUUUACUUCUACAUUGAUGAACAAACAAAGAGAAUCCUCCAAUCCACUACCACAAAUAAAGCAGGGGGAAAAUUCCAAGGAAAGGAGGUUUCCUUGUGGGAUCUCAUAAACUCUGACUACAUCAAGAGGAGAAGAAAGCGAGAUCUGGUUCAGCAAUUAAAGACUGGCACUAUAACAAUCGAGUGCUUCUUGGAGCAUGUACUAACAACUGUACACAAGAAAACCUCCAGUGUGACUGUAACUACUACCACAACUACGACAAACCAACCCACCUUCCGGGAAUCAAAAGCAAGUUUCAGCUCGAACUUGUUUGAAUCUCAAAUCAUUGACAAGACAUUAUUUGAAGACCUUAGCACUGGUAAAGUCACGGCAGAUCAAGUGAGCAACAUGGACUCAGUACGCAAGUACCUGCAGGGAACCGACUGCAUUGCAGGAGUGUUUGUGCAGUCCGCCAAACAGACUAUGAGCAUCUAUGAAGCCAAAUCCAAAGGCCUGUUAACACCUGGAACGUCACUGGUUUUAUUAGAGGCUCAGGCUGCUACUGGCUUCAUAAUUGAUCCACUGAGGAACGCAAAACUCUCUGUGGAGGAGGCUGUGGAUCAAGGAGUCGUGGGGCUCGAGCUGAAAAACAAGCUACUUUCUGCGGAGAAGGCUGUCACUGGCUACACUGACCCUCACACGGGAGACACCAUUUCAUUGUUCCAGGCCUUGAAAAAAGAUCUCAUCGUCAAAGAUCAUGGCAUUCGUCUUUUGGAAGCACAGAUUGCUACUGGAGGCAUCAUUGAUCCAGUGCACAGCCAUCGUGUGCCUGUGGAGGUGGCUUAUAAGAGGGGAUAUUUUGAUGAAGAAAUGAACCAGAUUCUUUCUGACCCGGGUGAUGACACCAAGGGCUUCUUUGACCCAAACACACAGGAGAACCUCACCUACUUGCAACUGCUCGACAGGUGUGUGAAAGACCCACAAACUGGCCUAAGGCUGCUCGUUGUCGUGAAAGGAGAGUUUUACUUCUACAUUGAUGAACAAACAAAGAGAAUCCUCCAAUCCACUACCACAAAUAAAGCAGGGGGAAAAUUCCAAGGAAAGGAGGUUUCCUUGUGGGAUCUCAUAAACUCUGACUACAUCGAAGAGGAGAAGAAGCGAGAUCUGGUUCAGCAAUUAAAGACUGGCACUAUAACAAUCGAGUGCUUCUUGGAGCAUGUACUAACAACUGUACACAAGAAAACCUCCAGUGUGACUGUAACUACUACCACAACUACGACAAACCAACCCACCUUCCGGGAAUCAAAAGCAAGUUUCAGCUCGAACUUGUUUGAAUCUCAAAUCAUUGACAAGACAUUAUUUGAAGACCUUAGCACUGGUAAAGUCACGGCAGAUCAAGUGAGCAACAUGGACUCAGUACGCAAGUACCCAGGAACCGACUGCAUUGCAGGAGUGUUUGUGCAGUCCGCCAAACAGACUAUGAGCAUCUAUGAAGCCAAAUCCAAAGGCCUGUUAACACCUGGAGCGUCACUGGUUUUAUUAGAGGCUCAGGCUGCUACUGGCUUCAUAAUUGAUCCACUGAGGAACGCAAAACUCUCUGUGGAGGAGGCCGUGGAUCAAGGAGUGGGGCUCGAGCUGAAAAACAAGCUACUUUCUGCGGAGAAGGCUGUCACUGGCUACACUGACCCUCACGGAGACACCAUUUCAUUGUUCCAGGCCUUGAAAAAAGAUCUCAUCGUCAAAGAUCAUGGCAUUCGUCUUUUGGAAGCACAGAUUGCUACUGGAGGCAUCAUUGAUCCAGUGCACAGCCAUCGUGUGCCUGUGGAGGUGGCUUAUAAGAGGGGAUAUUUUGAUGAAGAAAUGAACCAGAUUCUUUCUGACCCGGGUGAUGACACCAAGGGCUUCUUUGACCCAAACACACAGGAGAACCUCACCUACUUGCAACUGCUCGACAGGUGUGUGAAAGACCCACAAACUGGCCUAAGGCUGCUCGUUGUCGUGAAAGGAGAGUUUUACUUCUACAUUGAUGAACAAACAAAGAGAAUCCUCCAAUCCACUACCACAAAUAAAGCAGGGGGAAAAUUCCAAGGAAAGGAGGUUUCCUUGUGGGAUCUCAUAAACUCUGACUACAUCGAAGAGGAGAAGAAACGAGAUCUGGUUCAGCAAUUAAAGACUGGCACUAUAACAAUCGAGUGCUUCUUGGAGCAUGUACUAACAACUGUACACAAGAAAACCUCCAGUGUGACUGUAACUACUACCACAACUACGACAAAACAACCCACCUUCCGGGAAUCAAAAGCAAGUUUCAGCUCGAACUUGUUUGAAUCUCAAAUCAUUGACAAGACAUUAUUUGAAGACCUUAGCACUGGUAAAGUCACGGCAGAUCAAGUGAGCAACAUGGACUCAGUACGCAAGUACCUGCAGGGAACCGACUGCAUUGCAGGAGUGUUUGUGCAGUCCGCCAAACAGACUAUGAGCAUCUAUGAAGCCAAAUCCAAAGGCCUGUUAACACCUGGAACGUCACUGGUUUUAUUAGAGGCUCAGGCUGCUACUGGCUUCAUAAUUGAUCCACUGAGGAACGCAAAACUCUCUGUGGAGGAGGCCGUGGAUCAAGGAGUCGUGGGGCUCGAGCUGAAAAACAAGCUACUUUCUGCGGAGAAGGCUGUCACUGGCUACACUGACCCUCACACGGGAGACACCAUUUCAUUGUUCCAGGCCUUGAAAAAAGAUCUCAUCGUCAAAGAUCAUGGCAUUCGUCUUUUGGAAGCACAGAUUGCUACUGGAGGCAUCAUUGAUCCAGUGCACAGCCAUCGUGUGCCUGUGGAGGUGGCUUAUAAGAGGGGAUAUUUUGAUGAAGAAAUGAACCAGAUUCUUUCUGACCCGGGUGAUGACACCAAGGGCUUCUUUGACCCAAACACACAGGAGAACCUCACCUACUUGCAACUGCUCGACAGGUGUGUGAAAGACCCACAAACUGGCCUAAGGCUGCUCGUUGUCGUGAAAGGAGAGUUUUACUUCUACAUUGAUGAACAAACAAAGAGAAUCCUCCAAUCCACUACCACAAAUAAAGCAGGGGGAAAAUUCCAAGGAAAGGAGGUUUCCUUGUGGGAUCUCAUAAACUCUGACUACAUCGAAGAGGAGAAGAAACGAGAUCUGGUUCAGCAAUUAAAGACUGGCACUAUAACAAUCGAGUGCUUCUUGGAGCAUGUACUAACAACUGUACACAAGAAAACCUCCAGUGUGACUGUAACUACUACCACAACUACGACAAAACUACCCACCUUCCGGGGAAUCAAAAGCAAGUUCAGCUCGAACUUGUUUGAAUCUCAAAUCAUUGACAAGACAUUAUUUGAAGACCUUAGCACUGGUAAAGUCACGGCAGAUCAAGUGAGCAACAUGGACUCAGUACGCAAGUACCUGCAGGGAACCGACUGCAUUGCAGGAGUGUUUGUGCAGUCCGCCAAACAGACUAUGAGCAUCUAUGAAGCCAAAUCCAAAGGCCUGUUAACACCUGGAGCGUCACUGGUUUUAUUAGAGGCUCAGGCUGCUACUGGCUUCAUAAUUGAUCCACUGAGGAACGCAAAACUCUCUGUGGAGGAGGCUGUGGAUCAAGGAGUCGUGGGGCUCGAGCUGAAAAACAAGCUACUUUCUGCGGAGAAGGCUGUCACUGGCUACACUGACCCUCACACGGGAGACACCAUUUCAUUGUUCCAGGCCUUGAAAAAAGAUCUCAUCGUCAAAGAUCAUGGCAUUCGUCUUUUGGAAGCACAGAUUGCUACUGGAGGCAUCAUUGAUCCAGUGCACAGCCAUCGUGUGCCUGUGGAGGUGGCUUAUAAGAGGGGAUAUUUUGAUGAAGAAAUGAACCAGAUUCUUUCUGACCCGGGUGAUGACACCAAGGGCUUCUUUGACCCAAACACACAGGAGAACCUCACCUACUUGCAACUGCUCGACAGGUGUGUGAAAGACCCACAAACUGGCCUAAGGCUGCUCGUUGUCGUGAAGAAGGGAGAGUUUUACUUCUACAUUGAUGAACAAACAAAGAGAAUCCUCCAAUCCACUACCACAAAUAAAGCAGGGGGAAAAUUCCAAGGAAAGGAGGUUUCCUUGUGGGAUCUCAUAAACUCUGACUACAUCAAGAGGAGAAGAAAGCGAGAUCUGGUUCAGCAAUUAAAGACUGGCACUAUAACAAUCGAGUGCUUCUUGGAGCAUGUACUAACAACUGUACACAAGAAAACCUCCAGUGUGACUGUAACUACUACCACAACUACGACAAACCAACCCACCUUCCGGGGAAUCAAAAAGCAAGUUUCAGCUCGGAACUUGUUUGAAUCUCAAAUCAUUGACAAGACAUUAUUUGAAGACCUUAGCACUGGUAAAGUCACGGCAGAUCAAGUGAGCAACAUGGACUCAGUACGCAAGUACCUGCAGGGAACCGACUGCAUUGCAGGAGUGUUUGUGCAGUCCGCCAAACAGACUAUGAGCAUCUAUGAAGCCAAAUCCAAAGGCCUGUUAACACCUGGAACGUCACUGGUUUUAUUAGAGGCUCAGGCUGCUACUGGCUUCAUAAUUGAUCCACUGAGGAACGCAAAACUCUCUGUGGAGGAGGCUGUGGAUCAAGGAGUGGGGCUCGAGCUGAAAAACAAGCUACUUUCUGCGGAGAAGGCUGUCACUGGCUACACUGACCCUCACACGGGAGACACCAUUUCAUUGUUCCAGGCCUUGAAAAAAGAUCUCAUCGUCAAAGAUCAUGGCAUUCGUCUUUUGGAAGCACAGAUUGCUACUGGAGGCAUCAUUGAUCCAGUGCACAGCCAUCGUGUGCCUGUGGAGGUGGCUUAUAAGAGGGGAUAUUUUGAUGAAGAAAUGAACCAGAUUCUUUCUGACCCGGGUGAUGACACCAAGGGCUUCUUUGACCCAAACACACAGGAGAACCUCACCUACUUGCAACUGCUCGACAGGUGUGUGAAAGACCCACAAACUGGACUUACCUUAUUGAUCUUACAGAAAUGAGUAAAAAUAUCUUAACAACUGAAAUAAUUUUAACAAAAACAAAAUUUAUUUGUUAUAUAUUGGUGUUCAGACCUACAGACCUUAACUUAUCGUUCUACAUGACCAUUCUUUUAUAAGGUUUGCUUGUGCUUUAUCACUUAAUUAUUGUAUUUGCCUCUUUGUGUCUGGAAAACUCUCUUUUCAAGCACAACAUUUAAAUGUUCAUUUAACACAUUCAAAUGCUCACCCUAGCGCACUACCCAUAGUACAAGAUCACUAAACACCUACAUACUGUACAUAUCCAGAUUGUUAAAAACUGGAUGGAUAGUGAGGAAUCAUCAUCUUCGAGGAAUAAAUGUGGUCAGGAAAAAGCUUGAAUGAUCCUGAUCGGCUAUGGAAACUGGCUAUGUUUAGUAGUGAAAGUAAGAGCAUUUCCUCACACGCAAUGGAUUUUUUUCUUUAAUGAUGGCACAGGCAAAUUUCAAGAUGACAAAGCCUGGAUUCAUUGGGCUAUAAUUGUGAAAGAGUGUUCAGGGAGAAUGAUAAAUCAUUUUCACACAUGGACUAGCCACCACAGAGUCCAGACCUUAACCCCAGUAAGAAUUUUUGAGAUGUGCUGGAAAAGACUUUUUGCGCAGCAAUCUCCCAUUAUCAAUACAAGAUCUUGGUGAAAAAUUACUGCAUCUCUGGACGGGAAUAAAGGUUGUGACAUUGCAGAAGCUUAUCGAAACAAUGCCACAGUGAAUGCAUGCCGUAACCCAAGCUAAAUGCGGUCCAAUGAAAUAUUGGUGUGUCUGACUUUUUUGGACAAUCAUCCGAAAUCAAUCAUUGGACAUACAAUCAGCGUAUAUAUUCAAGUCAAGUCAAGUCAAGAAGCUAUUAUUGUCAUUUCAACCAUAUAUAGCUGACACAUUACACCAUGAAAUGAAACAACGUUCCUCCUGAACCCUGGUGCUACAUACAACAACAAUCACAGAAAACAAAGGGCUAAAGACUAGUGUCCUCGCCACAUAAGGUGCAUCGUGGUGAUCCUGGUGAAAACAGAAUAUAUACUGUACAUAUAUAUAUAUAUAUAUAUAUAUAUAUAUAUAUAUAUAUAUAUAUAUAUAUAUAUAUAUAUAUAAUAUAUACAUACAUACACACACAAACACACACACACACACGGAAUAUAUAUAAACACAUACAUACAACACAUACACACAGAAUAAAAAGUAAAAAAAAAGUUUACUAAUGUUUACAAUGCUUUAUAAAACUUUAUGUAUAGCUGCUAUUCUUUGAACCUAUUAACAAUUUCAGAUUUCAUAAUAAUUUUUAAAUCUUUGUUAGACCAAAACUAACGAAAUCAUUGUUGAUAUUGCAAGGAAUAGUAAUGCUAUACAAUUAUAACUAUCUUUAAAACUUUGUAUAAAACUGUCUAUAUUUGUCUUUUGAUAAAAGAGGGCUAGAAUCUACAAAACUAAUAAACAUUCUUUUGUUUUAA